GAUACCUCGUACUAACAAGCAGCGUAAGGAUAUUUUAGAGCCCAAAUGAUAGAGAGUUUGGACUUUCCUGACCGACUGGCAGCAGCUGUCUCCUGAGAACAUGUAGAGAGUUGCACAAGGAUUAAUUAUAAACAUGCAGCUUGAUUUCCAGCCGUUGCAAAACAUCUGCAUGCCACAGAUUGCCAUUUGUACGUAUAGCAUUGUGCGAGAGCGUCCUGGAGCUUACAAAAAUACAUGCUGGAGCCAUGAAUCAAACUCGGUCAUGUGACGGAGGGGAGGUACUGGGCUGGCUCCCAGCCAGUGGUAGGAGCUGAUGGGUGGAACAAACGGAGCAUAAAAAGACUAAUAUGACUAACGGAUCCUGGAUGCGUGGUACCCUUAUUUGGAUCUACAGGAAUGUAGGCUCUAGCAGUUCUGCAGCUCUACCAGCCUUUUUCCUGACACUGGAACUGCUGCUCACAAAGUAGAAUCCUGCUGCUCUGUGGUAGGAAGGAUAGAGAAAGAACAUGGCCUGCAUAUUGAAGAGAAAGUCCAUUGUUGCUGUGAGUUUCAUUGCCGCAUUCCUCUGUCUGAUUAUUGUUCGUCUCACAAAUGAAGUAACUUUCCCUUUGAUCCUGAACUGCUUUGGACAAACCAGUGUCAAAUGGAUACCGUUUUCUAAUGGCCAAAGGCAGCCUCUGAGAACUCAUUAUGGAUAUAUAAAUGUGAAAACUCAAGAGCCUCUACAACUUGACUGUGACCUCUGUGCCAUUGUUUCAAAUUCGGGACAGAUGGCUGGCCAGAAGCUGGGAGCCAAGAUAGACAAGUCCUCCUGCAUUUGGAGGAUGAACAAUGCUCCCACAAAGGGCUAUGAGGAAGAUGUUGGGAAGAGGACAACUGUAAGAGUGGUCUCUCACACAAGCGUGCCUCUCCUACUCAAGAAUCCCGAGUACUUUUUCAAAGAAACCAACAACACUGUAUACGUGAUCUGGGGACCUUUUCGAAACAUGAGGAAGGAUGGAAAUGGCAUUGUGUACAACAUGCUGAAGAAAACUGUUGACAGCUACCCAACUGCCAAAAUCUAUGUGACAACAGAAAAGCGCAUGCAUUACUGUGAUGCAGUAUUUAAGAAGGAGACAGGAAAAGACCGAGUCCAGUCAGGUUCAUAUCUCAGUACCGGUUGGUUUACCUUAAUUUUGGCUAUGGAUGCCUGCUAUGGAAUUCACGUCUAUGGGAUGAUAAAUGACACCUACUGCAAGUCAGAAGGCUUUCGUAAAGUUCCCUACCACUAUUACGAGCCAGGAAGAGAUGAAUGCGAGGAAUACUUUCUGCAUGAAAAUGCUCCAUAUGGAGGCCAUAGGUUUAUCACAGAAAAGAAAGUAUUUGCUAAAUGGGCCAAGAAGCACACGAUAAUAUUUACACACCCCAAUUGGACAGUGUCUUGAUAUUGGUUUUCUUAACACUCUCGUAACAGCAUAUUACAAAAAUGUCUCAGUUUACAAUAAUUUUGCUUACAUCUGGCUGGCCUUUCUCAGCCUAGGUAACACUAAACUAAAAAACGGAAGACAAAGAGGGUGAUGGUUCAGCUGUUAAGCAAAAUUAAUCAUCUGUGGAAGGCAGACACAUUGUUUAUUAUUUCUUACGGUUGUACUCCACACAAUGCACUUUAUACUUUAACUGGAUUUCAUUUCAAGGCAGUAGCAAUUAAAGACAGAUGAGAUUUCCUGUAUAUACAGGUGCACACAGAGAACACGAUGGUCCUUUAAAACUUGUCCAUCACCCUAGCUAAUUAAAAUUAGUAUUUGUAGCUGGUAUUGGUAGAAAUUUUCCACAAAAGAAAUAUGAAGAAAAACACAGACCACCAAAGUCUAUGAGUGAAUUAAUUUAAAAAAACACCUGAAUACAUACGAGCACCUGCAUAUAUAGUAAAAUUAGAGAUGAGCUAAACAUGGUUCUUGAACUGUAUACAACUCUUGCAUGAGAAGAUACUGUUUACUCUAAGGCUUCAGAUUAAUUCAUAACUUCUGAAAUGCAGCUUCCUUCCACCCUGGUCAGGCUGCACCUUGUUGGAUUAUGUGGUUUCUACUUUCGGAGGCUGUUGUCCAUAGUUUAGCUCCAGUUGCAUGGCACUUAGCAAAGAUUGUGUUUUGCAGUCCCUGCUGAACCUCUGGGUGUUGUACCAACCCUACUGUCAGUACUCAAGCUGGCUAGUGUUGUCUCAUGAACUCCAUUUACUUCAGUUGUGUCUUUGAGUUGCUCCAACAUCCAAAUACCUGUAUUUUGACAGUAUUUCCCAGGCAGCCAUCAUAAUUUAUUUAAAAUCUCCAGUUUCUCCAUCUUUAAAAGCAGGGAUAGUAUCUAUCUACCUCACAAGGGAGUUGUGAGGAUUAAUUUAAAUCCAUAAAGCACUUUCCUGAUGAAGAAUGCUACAGAGCAUUUAUUCUUAAUACAAAAACAACGGUACCUGUCAUUUAUUCUUGUCUGUUGGGUAUUUAAAGAAAGUGACAGCAUGUCUGGAUCUGAUGGCGAAUUGUUCUGUGCAUCUGCUUUCCUGCUGAGGAUAAUUUGUAAUACUGAGUUCUCUCAGCUUGCAUUGCUUCGGAUGGAGUUGAAAGAACUCACACCCUUGCAGUAUUAUCUGGAUAUCAAGAGGUAGUUCAAGAAUCUUAAAACAUACUCAUGUCUAGUUGAAAUAUGUAUUUCCAAGCUUACUCUCAUGCAAUGUUUUCAACUGCAGCAGACUCAUUUGUAAUAUGACCAUAAUUCAACUAUACAUGUAAGUUUUAUUUAAACUGUAUUUAAAUUAAUGCUUUAAGUUUAGAAUGUGUCCUAUGAAUAUUUUAACAUCUGGAAUGUCAGAUUCAACACUGUAAUAGCCAAUACUGUGAACACUUGAAAGAAUUAUGUGUGAAACAUGACACACAGGGUUUACUCACACUACUUAAACAUUAACCAACAAGAAACUUUGUAUGCUUUUGUAAAUCAUGAAAAGGGGAAAGUAAAAAGCUAUUUUUACAUGUAAGUAUUUGUAUACUGACUAUUUCAUAUUGUAUAUUUGUACAUAUAAAUCUAUAUUUUAUAUGUUCAUGGCAUAUGUAUUCUCUCAGCAGUAGCUGCAACUCUUAGGAUGGGGAGGAGAUCUCUUCGCCAGUGAUCCUCCUCCUGAUCAUUGGUUUCUUGUUGCCGUUGGUAGGUGAUGCCAGGGUAUCAUCUCUCUUGCCCCUUCUAUUUUCUACUGUAAAUGCAGAUUUCUGAUAUUAUUUUUAAUAUAGCUCAGCUUUCACUGCUUACUUUAGUGCUGUAAGUGUUCAUGCUCAUUGCCAAACAAAGGCUGGGACCAUGUUUAUGAUCCUGUAUAAACAUCUAUAUUUAAAUGCAGGCUCUGUCCCAAACUUCUUGAGUGACUUGAUGUCUUACCUUUCUGUUUGGAAAAGGAGAGCAAUAAUAUUUUCCUGCUCCCUGUCUUGACUGACUUUCCUGUAAGCUCUUGAGACGGAUAUUCUCAUUUGCAAUGUAUUUGUAUAAUGCCUUGCAGAAAAGGUGCCCAAAGUGUCUGAAAGCUACAGGCACUGCUAUAUUACACAAAUAAUUUGAACUGGCUGCUUCUUGUCCCUGGAGUUUAAAAUCAAUUGUAGGCUAAUAUAGCAUGGAAUAAAAUCAAGAGGGGGAAGGGUCAUGGAUGGAUGAAGAGUUGCAGUAGCAGAAGACAGUGAGCUAGAUUUAUCGCCAUAUGCAUAUGCAACUUUUCGGUCCGGAUAGAUGGCUGGAUAGAUGGAAAGCUAAUAAAAAAAUUGUAAUGCAGGAUUUGAAGAAUGCAGGACAUGCAGAACCAGGGACAAUGUUCCACAUCUAUUGUCCAGGGCAGCCUGGGAAAACUUGUCAUUCAUCUGUGGGAAGAGGAGCUGAAAAGGAGAACAUCAAACUCAACUUGCAUUUAGAAGGUCUUUGGGUUAAUUGAAAACUACUAUGAAAGUACUACACAUGGAAGUGCAGUUGGGCUGGGCACACUUACAUGAGAAGCACCCUUGUGAAGCACAGUCUUUCACCCCAGCAAGUGGUUUUCAUAUGAAAGGCAGUUUUUAAUCCUGUGAAAGUUUUUAAGAUAAUUAAGACUUGCCAGAUCGCCAUAAAACUGUCGUAAAAUAUGUGCUUCAUACUGAAGCUCCUUGUAGAAUGCUUGCAUGCUGUAUGAAACAAUAUCUCAUGCAAAGGCUGGCUACGAAAAAUACAGCUCUAAGAACAGCUAAAUGUACAGCAAAAUUGAGAACAUCAUUAGAGUGCAGUUGUCACAGAGCAAAGUAAAAGUGUUGCUCUCUGCUUGGAUUUGCAGUUAGAGCAGAUCCACUUUUAGAAACAUUGCAGCAGGCUUCAUUCACACUAGAGUAAAUGAACAUCAGUUCCCUUAUUUAAAUGAGCCUGUCUUUAGCAUAAACUAAACACAUAUUUGCAUGAUUUUUAUUAUAUGAGUAAGGAACUGUGACCACAGUGUUAAAGACAAUUCUACAAAGAAAUUACUUAGUUGAAAUCUGUUAAAAAUCAGCACUGUGGUAAUGAAGAAUCUCAGUACUUGGCUUGAGCAGUAAGAGACCUCGAUGACCUUCUGAGAGCAGUUAAGAUAUCAGCUGAGAGUCAUUUAUUAAUUCUUUAAAAUAAAGCCUACUACAGUUUACCUGAAUGUAAUCAUAUCCUAAUUGCUUAUUCAUUCAAGCAGUCCUAUUUUAAUCAACUACUCCUGUGUAUAAAACAAGCAGGGAGUUUACCUGAGGUUUUCAAAAUAGAUCUUCACAUUGCUGCUAACAGAGGAAUACUUACAAAUAAUUUGGCUUUCUUUUUUUUGCCAUCAGUCAGCUAAGUAGUCACCAAAUGUUUUCUUUAAUUAUUUAGUUAUUUAAAAUACACUUCUUGAAGAAAAAAAAAAAGGUAUUUAUUGUUCAGCUUGCUGUAGGCUUGGUUUUAAUAAAUAUUUAAAUUUUAACACACUUUAUAUUUUAUGUGCAUUACCUUCUCAUUUGAUUUUUUUUUUUUUUUCAAGGAAAAAAGUUUUAAGUAGGAGCAGAAUUUUUCCUACGGAAAAAAAAAUCUUUUUGAGUGGUAAUUACUAAUUCACAGGUAAUUAACUGAGUAACAUAAAAAACCUGGUUUUUCUUUUUCCAAACAGACAUAGCAAACAUGAUCCCAAUCUUUUCAACCCCACUAGAUGUCCGGAUUACAUCCCUCAGCUUAUACCAAGGCCUUUUCACAGAAAGAAAAUGUAGUCUCCAUAUUCAGCCAAAUUCCCUUUCCAUCUGGGCUGGGAGGCUCCAUCUGCAGACUGCUCGUAUCAGUUACAUCAGUAAGUAGGAAGGACUGAGUAAGAGUUCUACUUAGGAGCAGAUGGUGUUCUAACUUCUAAAAAAUGCCCCUAAAGUGCUUUAGGAGAGGAAUACCCAUUGAUCUCUCCUAGAAACACUUUACUGAAGUAUUCUGAUUCUUCAAAUGCCUUUAGCUCCUCUGGAGAAUUAUUGUCUCACUCUCUCUAGUAGGAAUUACAUGGGAAAACAUGCCCUUUACAGGACAAAGUAGAGGCAAAUUCUGUGGUGUUAAAGAUUUCUAUAUAGACAACACCAGGGAUGAAGAAGUCAGCCUGAUGCAAAUUAACUGAAGACUAACUGAUUUAGGUAUCACUGAGGACUCAAUUCAAAACUAAUGGGAAUCAUUUUGACAAGUUUAUGAAUACAGCACCCACUCGAGUAAAACCUUUGCACUCCUGGUACUAAGGUAAGCAGUGUUUUAUCUGAAAGUACCAUAUGCACAUAAUGCAUUGCAUAGUUAAUAAAAAGGAGCCCAUCCCACAUCUGGAGGGCUGAUGCAGUGUUUAUUCACCUGCUUGUGGGCUGGAUGAAAGAUGGAGCCCACACAAAGUUACCUGGCAGCGGAGCACAGAUGCUCAACCAGAGGGCAUGUCCAGGUAAGUAAGAAUUAAACAAGUGAUCACUCAUUAAUUAUAACUGGAUGUCACCCUUAGUAAGUAGAAAAUCAGAAGUGCUUUACAUAUUGAUGCUUAUAUUUAGAUGACUUUUUCUUGGGGGUUGGUUUGUGAUGAACCUUAGGAUACUCACAACAGUGAAACUGUGAGUGCCAAAGGAUUACACAGGAGCUGUCUGUGGGUGUUGGGAUGUACUGCAUACAAUAGAUUCAUAUAUUACUAAAAUAGGUCUGUUUUUCUUGACUAGGCAUAGUUCUUUUGAGAAGAAAGUGUUUCAUUUUCAGCGGAUGUGUCUUUUUCUGUUCCAUCUUUCCUGAGAGGAUGCACAGGAAUGCGUCUUAACCAUGGGGGAGUGAAGAAUGGUAUGGUAAAUAGACAACCACCAGAUUCAUAUGUUUUUUUCUGGCUAUGGCUGUGAUGUAUAGCCAUUGACACAAAGAAAAGUAAGGUCUUUGAAAACCUUUUAUUGCAUAAUCUAUUGAAGUCUCAUGUGUCUGUUCUGGAUUAGAGUCUCCUAGGCAAACCCUCCAGCAAGGGGCAGAAGGAGAAAGAGAGGGUCUCUCCUAACCAAAAGACAGGGCUUCUGCAGAAGCCAUAACAAUCUGCGUAGUAUACCCAGGCCUGCUCCCCAGCUGUUGUAGGCUCCCCACCCAGCCACAGCUUUGGGCCCUUUCUGGCCCCGUAGGGUUGAGUGCAUUCUUCAGCUGACUCAUGUAGCCUGUUUUCUGCAAAAAGUCUGCCCAUCCUCCCCUUUGGUGGGGCCAGGGGAUGGAUGAUACUAACCUGGGGGCAAGGAGUGAUGUGUGGCAGAGCAGGAACGCUUCCUCAAGUCAGCAGCAUAACCUUGCUUGGGGCACAGUCUCACCUCAAGUGCUGAACUCAGUUUCUUUGAAUGUGGUGGGAAAGAUAUGCCUGGAUUUUGUUAUUGUCUGUAUGAUUAACUCAGUAAGAGUGACCAUUCUAUGGGUGUCUUAAACAGCCGAUUUUGCAUCUUUUUUUGCAUUGCUUGCUUCUAUUUCUGGGAAUUCCUCAAGAUAAGCAGCUGUUAGCAUCUGCCACUGCUGUUCUGAUUUACUGGCCAUAAAGAGACUGUAAACUUGAACUAAUGCAUGUUCCUACCAUGUAUUAUGCAUGAUAGCAUGUUACACAUUUUAUUCUCGCACUAUAAUAAAUAAGUUGUGUGCAAACCUAGUUUAAGCAGCUUAAGUAGUGCUUUUUCUUUCUCUCAUAUCACGUGUUGCCCAGAGCACUUUACUGGAGCUCUGUAAGUGCCAUUAGCAGCUGGCAGGAAAUAAAUUGUUGAAACCAGUCUGGAAAUAUUUAGUAAAAUUGGCAUUUUUCACUGGAAUAGCAGAAAUAGUUAAGCUUGCUUUUGUGAACAUACUCUAGUGCUCACAGUCACAAAUUCUAUGUUCUGUUAUAAGGGAAUCUCAUGUCUGAGUGUAACAUUGGCAAUGAUUUUAUUGACACAGAUAGUGUCAGGAUGUUGGCAGGGCAGAGAUCAUAAUUUUUUGACAUUUAUGGGAGUAUCUUUUUAACAGAAAUGGCAGAAGAUUGGCGAAGAUGCCUGUAGCUUUUUCACAUUGUUGCUGCUGAAAAUAGUAUUUCUGAGGAUGGCCAGAGGAAAAAAAAAAAA